CUAAUGUUCGUGCUGCUUUUCAACUGCUAUAUGUUCCUUUCGUUGAAUGCUCUAUCGUCCCCACUUUGUCAAGAACCCUGGGGAGCCGUAUCGAUUUAAUUGAAUUCUAGGGGUUCAGAAGGAGCAGGAACCGAGAGACCGGAAAAGGAAAAUAUCUCGUGGGAACAUGGAACUCACAUAUAGGGGGGCAGACAGUGGCAGCGAUAUUCGUGAGACGAGCUCUUCUCCACUGUCAAGGGACGACAUUGUUAUCGAGGUUGCAGAGUCGCAGCCUGCAGUGGCGGUACCAUCGACCUUACAGGACACCACCCAUCACACUUAUAACAGUGACAAGCAACAUAACCCCCUCGGCACAUCCUCGGCGUCCCGGUCAAACACUAGUCCGUCAGCUCUUCAACCUUGGCCUUUGCAGCCGUCUCCGCAGGACCUUCCAUCUCUUGAUGGUCCUUCGACCCUCUCACUCACGUUGCCAAUAUUGUCUCACCGAGGAGACCAAGAAGGUUCACCAUCUUCGGGUCCUUUGCUGGUCUCGCCCCGUGGGCGUUACACGAAUGCUGAUUCAUUGGAGAAUGCAAGCACGUUUACCGGAGCUAUUAGACAGGAACGUUCCUUGACUCCAGACACCACUUCUUAUCAACCACUUCCGCCUCUCUCAUGCGCUUUUUCGGAACCGCAGGAUUUAGUGACAAUUAACCUCUCAGACUCACUGCCAGAACCGCCGGCAUAUGUGGACGAGGAUGCGCCUCAGAGUUCAUCGACCGUGUCUGACAGGACGAAUAGCGCAUCUUUUAAUGGGUCUAUAGACCCGCGACAUAUCUCUUGGUUGCAGCAGGACGGAUCAGGAGUCCAACAGACAGGCCCGCUUCCAACUUUGCCAUCCGUGCUUUCGCCUAGCUUUCGCCAUUCGUUCUUAGAAGAGGAUGAGUUACCGGGGUAUGCUCCUGUCUUUGAGGUCAACCUGCAUUUCCGGCUCCCAGAGGACACGGCCACGACGUACAUUGUCAUACCAAGUCAGGGUCCUGCGGAGUUCAGGGACCCUCGGCCGCAACCGGACCGGGCGAUGGAUAUUUACUCAGAUAAUCAACACAAUAGUCGGACGAGACCUCAGAGCGGCGCUGGAGUAAGUGCGGUGGACGCAGACAUUAUUCGACGACGUGAGUCUAUAGGCGAGCCCGGUCAGCGACUUGAUGGAGUAGGACAGGUCGCGCCUACACAACUUCAGCCAGGCGCUUGGACCUUAGAAUACUGGGUUGAGGACGCAAUUGAAUAUUUGUGCUAUCUCAUGGACCCAAAGUUAUCAGGAACUACAGAGCUGGUCCCCAGAACAAUGACUACCAACAGAACAGCAAGACAGAUACAGUCGACAAACCUUGCACCCGCACCACUUGAAACCACGACGAAUGAUAUUUCGACAACCACUACUAGGUCUGCCCCUGCGGCAGCGCAGGGUCAGCCUUCACCGAGCUCAUAUCAAGAGUCACGCCAGUCAAUAGGACCAAGCGAAGGGAGGACUACCGCGGUUGAAACUGCAGCAGGCGUCAAUAGUGGGUCUAUACAGGGUAUGAUUGAGCUCAGCACGAUGGCUAGUUGCCAGAGUAGGAUGCCACCAAUCUCUGGCGAACAUGCCAUGACAAAUAUGGAGAGAGUACCGACCGGACAUAUUCGUGGACGACCACCGCCUUUGAACAGGAUCCGGAACACCUUGCUGGCGCCAUUGUCACCCCAUGCGAUCGAGAAUCUUGAAUCACUGCAUUCUGUUGGGCGGCGACGUGUGGGCCCGACACCCUUGACUCUCAUCGGAGGAGGAAGCUUAUCUAGGACAAGGCCACCGGAGGAGGCGAUUGCCAAUUCAACUGCCCAUGCGACACCGGCGGGUGCAGCGAACAACUCCGCGGUCUCCCCCCCAUCUGGAAACGAAGCUUUUGUAGCCACAGUAGAAGCCGCGCCAGAAGUGGAAGUAGCGACAUCAAGCAUCGGUGUGGAGCCGACUGCAGUAACCACGGACGAAGAACGGCCAAUAACACCAGCAAGAAUAUCCCAAGAGUCCCCCUUUGGUACCCUACCAUCUGUUCAACAUGUUCAGAUUAACGACGGCUACGAAGGCGAAGAGGCGGAUGCCACCCUCGCCGAUGCUGUUGCCAUGGAGACGGCCGAAGGGCGCCUCAGCACUCAAACCCGCCUCGGAAAUGUUUUUAGCCACGCGCUCUCGUCCGAGUUCUUCAAGAGUCCGACGUACGCCUUUGUCUCCGCUGACGAUCCUCAGACAUGGAUUUGGUGGUCAACCCAUCAUGAGACGAAUCUCCAGCGGUGUCGCCAGGAGGGACCGUAUGAGAAGGUGAUGAUGUGGUGGCGAACAAGGGCCGACUACUAUUCAAAGGAGGGUAAGGCGAAGAGGCGGAAGGAAAGACAGAAGAAGAUGGAGAUGAGAAGGCAGCUGCCACAGCACCAGCGAGAGGAGUCAAUAGGAAUUAAGGAUCGAUGGCAUCGGUGGUUGAGCCUGAGGUCCUCGACGCCGCAUAACGAGUCGAUGGAAAUCACGAUGCGUGUACGGGGGCUGUAUUAUGCAUGGCGCGAGGAGGCGUAUGAGCCUCAACCUCAAGAACUACCAGUAGUGCCCGUGGCAUCCAGGAUGCGGGAUCUACAGGAGGCAGGCCCUGAGGGGGUUGUGGAGGUGGGGGUUGCAGAGGGUACCCAAGCUGUGGCACCGUCGUUGUCGGGCCCUGCAACUGCUACGACUUUGUCGAUGCCAGCGUCGCCGGAUUAUGAGGAUGUGAUAGGAGCGACCAAGAAGCCGCGCAUGUUUCUGCUGGUGCGGGACGACUCGCUUGUGAUGGGCCAGCGCGUCAAAGGAGGUACGGUUGCGGAGGUGUACAUCAUCGAGGACGGAGUCAAUACUGCUGCAGUAUCCCAAGAUAAUGUAGCCAUAUCCAACUACGAUUCUAUCGCUGCAGUGUCUUCACCACUGAAUGCUUCUUUUUCGUUAGCUUCCGCGUUACCUCCUUCAUCGUCCCAUGCACGACCGUCCAUUUCCUCUUCUUCAACUUCGAGUGGCAUCUCUGAGGCGCGCUCAUCUUCCUUCCCGUCAAGCCUACGCAGACGACGAUGUGUGGUCCGGAUUCUGCACGGGAUGCACUCAGAGAUCGAGACGUUUGCGCUGUCAACAGGCCCAAGACUUCCAGAGCUUUUUGAGUUGUACACGGAUCAGUCGAUCCCUGGGCCGUCCAGGGGAAGCUUUAUUUGCUCACUAGUUACGUUUGGGACCAUUUUCAUUGUGGCCUUCAUCAGCAUUGCCUUUGCGCGAUAGUUUUUUGGACUAGGUGCCAAAAUCUCUUUGUUGUAUAUCCUCCUAAUCCGGCACUCUUCUUUAUAUAUAUCUGCAGCCAUACCAAUUCGGUCUAUCAUGCCGUAAUAAUCUUACACAGUAAUCAUAUGUAGGAAUCUAUACAGUAAUCAUAAUAAUAGCCCUGUUUUUUUCUUCGGAGG